CUUCAAAUGGAAAGGGAACUUGACAAGGUUAAUCUGUCUUCAGAUUACCAGAUGGUACUGGUCACAAAAGGAUUUAAAUUGUCCUGUCAGUAUGUGUUCCAUGUGGCAUGGAAAUUUGAAAAAAAACAACAGAUAUUGAAAGAUGCGGUGAAGACCUGUCUGGAAAAAUGCCUCCAACUAGAUGUAAAUUCCAUUUCUUUUCCUGCCCUUGGGACAGGACUCAUUGAGAUAGAGAAGAGUACAGCAGCCAUGAUAAUGGUAGAUGAAAUUUUAGCAUUUUUCAAGAUGCACAUGAAGAAAACCCUGACUGUUAGGAUUGUGAUCUUUCCAGUGGAUGUGGAGACAUACACGGCUUUUUGUGCUGAAAUGAUGAAGAGGUCCAAUGAGUUGAGUCUCAGCAGUAACAGUGGUGAGUAAGAAAUUAAGAGUCCUACAGGCAUUGUGGUACCUGGAUGGGGGCAGAACCAUCAGGAGUUCAGGUCAUACUCUAUUUAGAUA